ACUUUGUGACUUCUAUGUUAGGGUUAGGGUUUUAUCUUUAUCUUAUUUUAUCUCAAAUUAAUUCAUGAUUUCCGAUUUCACGUUUCCUUUAAUGGAUACCAUCGCCUCCUCCAAUAUUUGAUUUUCUAAUUUAUGCUUUUCCAGUGUCAUUCAGUUCCUCUUUAUCUAUUUUCCUUUCUCGUCCCUACUCUAAGGAUUCAGGUUCUUUGUAUGGAGUGUGUGGAGAAGGAUCAAUAACAAAGUCCUUGCAAUCUCAAAUUGUUGAUGUAAUAUGUUUUUUAUGGGCCAAAGAAGCAGAGCUUCUAAUCUAGCUCUUUGUGAUGGAAACUACGUUUAGGAGUUGGUGAUGUUUAUAUUCUUAAUUACUGCUGAUGACCUGAUCGCCUGGUAAGCUGUGUGGCAUUGAAUUUUAGUUCCACUGCAAAUUCACGUCUCAUUUUGAGCAAAGUCUGUUGGAAAAAUUACUAGUUGAACUUUAAUUAAGAGUUUGCCCAAAAAAAUAAUAGAACUCUGAGUAAGAGUGAUAAUAAGAAAUAAGAAAAUAAAUAGUUAUUUUGGAAUUGUGGGGAUUUGAGUCCUGACAUUUAUUGCUUUCUCUGUUGGGUGGACAAAGCAAAGGUAUGUCUGUUGGCUGGACAAAGCAAAGGUGUGUCUAUUCGGCUCGUAGUCAGCCUUCAAAUACUGGCCUAUGAUGUUUUACCUGUAGAAUAAAGAAACUCCUGUUUCAAGAUCUAUAUGCCUUAUUUGACUUUCGUUGAUUUCACAAAGCUUUAAUUAUUAGGAGAGUUUAAUUUCGAUUUUGACCUUUUCUUACUGAUGAUAUAUUACGUGUGCCCACUCUGUUGGUAUCUGAUUAUGGUAGUGGCCAUUGUGCUGUGAGGUUUUAUAUUGUAGUCAUUAAUAUCGUUAUUAUAAUUCCUUGGUUAGAUGUUUAGUAUUUGGAGAUCUUGCCAUUAAUCCCUUGUAUUGCAACAGUUAACAUUGAUCUCUCCAUUGUUAUUUUCCUCUUAUUUUGGGAGUGAUGUCGGAAAAGACAGAUUUGCAGGUUUUGGUGACGUAUGGGCUUGAUGGUGGUUUAUUUAUACAUUUGUGCUUUAAUUUGGUUAGGUUUUGUUUUUCUUUUUCUUUUUUGUUAGUAACAAAAUAAUUAGUUUUUG